GAGGAGCAUAGGAUGGGUGGAGAUGCUCCAAUAAGCUCUUCUAGAUUUGACACCUGUCCAUCUCUCUCCCUCACUCACUUUACGUUGUCUUUUUCUCUGCUUGUUUUCAAUUCUUUUCUUUUCUUUUCUUUGCCAGAGUUAUUAUUUUUAUACUAAUUUUCUUCGCCACUCCCUUUAUUGUUCUUCUUCCGAGUCUUCAACGCCCAGAUAUGAUUUAUAUUUAUGUCAAAGGUUAAAAAGGAAUCAAAAAUAACCAUUACUUACUGAUCAUACUUGAGCUGUUACUAGUUAAGUUUUAAAUGGUAAGCAAACCCCUCCAUUUCUUUGAUUCUUUCUAUGAUAUUUCUAUGGUUUUCGGAAUUUAAUUAGAAAUAAAGCAAGAAGAUAGAAGGGAGAGGAAAAGGAAAGGAAAGCAAAAAACUUUCUUGAACAGUUGACUCAAAUGAUGGAAGUAGAUAGAGAAGAGUCCAGAGAUGAAGAAGCUGAUAAAGCUUAAGCAGGUGUAGGCCUGUCCAUUUAUUAAGGUUUUAUGAUUUUAGACGGGUUGGAGGGUAACUUUUCGUACUGCCCAGAUAGGGAUUUUGAUGGAGGAGAUGUCUCCGACGGUUGCAGUGCCAUUUAGAGUAGGUAACUCAGUCUGUGAAAACCCAACCAUUGAUACCCAUUUGGACAUCACUAGGCUUAAGUUUAUGGCAGACAGGGCUCGCUUAUUAUCCAAUUCUGUAACUGCUAAGGACAGGGAUUCUAAUUGUGGUGAUUUGGAUAAUGAAGUUUGUGAUGCAACAGUUACAGUUAUGGAGGAGGACAAAGGGGGAGGAGAAGGAAUCCCUUUGUUGGGUAUGAUUUCUGAAAAUAAAAGCAAUGGGGUUGUUAAUGAUGAUGUGAUAAGCCGUGAAAGUGAAGAUGAUUCUUUUUCGUUGGAGGGUGAUCCCAUUUUUGAUAGCUCUUGUUCUCUUUCGGUGGCUAGUGAGACUAGCAGCUUAUGUGGAGAUGAUUUCUUGGGUUUUGAGGCCACCUCUGACAUAGGUACUCCAAGUUCUGUGGAUAUCGGAAAGAGCAUUUGCAGUGUUGAUGUAAUUUCUAAUGCCACGCAUUUGGUUGAGUCAAAUGUUGAGACAGAGGCUGUGGGAGAUUCUGUUUCUGUUGCAGUGAGCCUUGAGGAAGAGAAUGGAGAUGAGUCUGACCUGAAGCCAUCUGCAGGUGUAUUUCAAAUGGCUCUGGAAAGAGAGGUUAGCGGGACUGUCCAACGCAGUGUUUUUGAGGUAGAAUAUGUACCUCUUUGGGGAUUUACAUCUAUAUGUGGAAGGAGACCUGAGAUGGAAGAUGCAUUUGCAACUGUGCCUCAGUUUCUGAAAGUUCCUAUCCAAAUGCUAAUUGGUGACCGGGUCUUUGAUGGUAUGAGCAAGUAUAUAACUCACCAAACGGCUCAUUUCUUUGGAGUUUAUGAUGGUCAUGGAGGCUCACAGGUGGCAAAUUAUUGUCGUAACCGUGUCCAUUCUGCUUUGAUUGAGGAAAUAGAAUUCGUUAAAGCUGGCCUGAGUGAUGGAAGUUUGAAGGACAGUUGCGUAGAGCAGUGGAAAAAAGCAUUCACCAAUUGUUUUCUUAAGGUAGAUGCUGAAGUUGGAGGAAAAGGCACUGCUGAACCAGUUGCCCCUGAAACUGUGGGUUCAACUGCUGUUGUUGCCAUUAUUUUUUCAUCCCACAUUGUAGUAGCAAAUUGCGGAGACUCAAGAGCUGUUCUAUACCGUGGUAAAGAACCUAUGGCAUUGUCUGUGGAUCAUAAACCAAAUCGAGAAGAUGAAUAUGCGAGGAUAGAGGCAGCUGGAGGCAAAGUUAUACAAUGGAAUGGGCAUCGUGUCUUUGGCGUUCUUGCAAUGUCAAGAUCCAUUGGUGAUAGAUAUUUGAAACCAUGGAUAAUUCCAGAACCAGAAGUGAAGUUUAUCCCUCGGGCGAAAGAAGAUGAAUGCCUUAUUCUAGCUAGUGAUGGUUUAUGGGAUGUAAUGUCGAAUGAAGAGGCAUGUGAUCUUGCUCGGAGACGAAUACUUGUGUGGUACAAAAAGAAUGGUUCUGCGUUUCCCAUGUCAAGGGGUGAAGGAAUUGAUCCUGCAGCUCAAGCAGCAGCGGAGUACCUCGCAAACCGAGCUCUUCAAAAGGGAAGCAAGGACAACAUCACCGUCAUCGUGGUGGAUCUGAAAGCUCAAAGGAAGCUAAAGAACAAAACGUGACAGUUGCUUUCUAUUUUUCUUGCAGCUUUUUGAAUUUGUUAAAGACCUUCCGGAGGGUAUAAUAGAGUUAUGCCCAUCUGUUUUUCACAUGGGCGUUAUGGCCACUUGUAUGUACUGUGGAAAGUGGCGCCAUUCUCCAACUCUCAUUCAUUGAUUUGAAGAGUUCAUUCAUACAUCGUCAUGCCUAUGUAAAUGUUUUUAGCUAUUUGUUUUAGGGAUUAGUAGAUUGUGACAGUUCCACUCUUCUACCAUGCUUCGACAUUAUGGGCAAGUUGUAUUCAUUAUAUGCCUCCGAGUUAACACAAAAAAGAGGCUCUGAGAGGUAUUUACUUCCAAUUAUUUCAAUUGCCUUUUGUUAUUGUAAAUGAAAUAGCAAGCCGCUUGUUUUAUUGUUUGUAACA